CUGGAGGAAAGUGGGAUGCCUAUGAAUGACAGCCAGUAUGCAAUACUGACCUCCAAGAUAGGCUACAAGAAGGAGGGGAUGAGUUACCAGGACUUCACCUCAGGAUUUGAAGAAGGUAAGCUGAGUGGACUGGAAACAGUUCCGCUGCAGCCACGCACUUCCUCAAAAACAAAUUUGGACGAGUACUUCAUAUCGGCUGAAGAAUGCCUGAGGCUCUUCCCCAAGAAGCUGAAGGAGUUGUACCGGGACCCCUACUCUGCCUUCUUUAAGGUAGACACGGACAUGGAUGGCCUAAUCAACAUGAAUGAUCUUCACAAAUUGCUACAGCAGCUACAGCUCUACAUGAAGGACAGCGAGUAUGAACGCUUCCUCGGCCUCCUGGGCUUGAGACUUAGCCUCACUCUAAACUUCCGAGAGUUUGAGAACCUGUGUGAGCAGAAACCCUGGAAAUCAGAUGAGGCACCUCAAAGGCUCAUUAGAUAUAAACAGAGGGUUGCAGAUUCCGAGCUAGCCUGUGAGCAGGCCCAUCAGUAUCUCAUGGUCAAAGCCAAAACCAGAUGGGCAGACCUAUCCAAGAAUUUCAUAGAGACGGAUAAUGAGGGCAAUGGAAUUCUUCGGCGAAGGGACAUCAAGAAUGCACUGUACGGCUUUGAUAUCCCCCUCACCCCAAGGGAAUUUGAGAAGCUUUGGCAAAACUACGACAUCGAGGGAAGGGGUUACAUCACAUACCAAGAGUUUCUGCAGAGACUAGGCAUUCGAUACUCCUCGAAGACCCACCGACCCUACAAGGAAGACUAUUUCAACUUCCUGGGUCACUUCACAAAGCCUAAGCAGAUCCAGGAAGAAAUGCAGGAGCUGCAGCAGACGAUUGAUAGGGAGAAGCUCAUGGACCAUUAUGAAGAGAUCAGCAAGUCACUCAACAUGCUAGAAAAAUCUAAGACGGGCGCUGUGUCCCUCUGCAAGGUGCAGAAGGUGCUGCAGGACUGUGGGUAUCCCCUGAAGGAAGAGGAGCUCAUCUACCUUCUGAAGAGCUUGAGCAUCAGUGUGCAUAAUAAUUGCAUCGAUCCCCUCGACUUCUUGAGAGCACUUGAGACCAAUAAGACAAGCAAAGCUCCGCCAAAAGAAAAAGAAAAAGAAGAAAGCAUACCGCCACCAAUCAACUUUUCCAAGCUGAACCCUGAGGAGGUGGUGAAGAGCGUGCAGGUGGUGGUGGACGCCUCCCAGCCUGCUUUGUUUAAGGCAUUUUCUGCAAUAGAUAAAGAGGACACGGGGUUCGUGAAGGCUAUGGACUUUGGAGAUGUCCUGAAGAGUUUCUGUCAGAAGCUAACAGAUAACCAGUAUCAUUAUUUUCUGAGGAAAUUAAAGAUUCAUCUAACACCCAACAUACACUGGAAAUACUUCCUGGAGAACUUCGACUCCUUCCUGGAGGAGACUGCUGAUGAGUGGGCAGAGAAGAUGCCCAAGGUCCUGGCCCCCACAGCUCCCAAAGAAAUGGCCAACAGAGACAUCUUGACACGAGUGCACAAGGCAGUGGCUUCCCACUAUCACGUCAUUGCCCAGGAGUUUGAGAACUUCGACACCACGAAAAGCAACACAGUCUCCAGAGAUGAGUUCAGAUCCGUGUGCACCCGCCAUGUGCAGAUCCUGACCGAUGAGCAGUUUGACAGGCUGUGGGGCGAGAUGCCGGUCAAUGCCAAGGGGAGGCUCAAGUACCAGGACUUCCUCAGCAGAUUCAGCACUGAUAGGGAACCCUCACCACCCAUGGCUGCUGGCGACUCUGGAGACUCCACCAUGGCCCAGAGGGGAAGCAGUGCCCCCGAUGUCUCCCAAGCAACCAGAUCAACCCUCUGCUCUCCUCCUCGGGACUCCAAGGCGGGGCUGAAAUCCCGGAGUCAUCCCUGUACACCAGUGGGCACCCCACCCCUGCAGAACUGUGAGCCCAUUGAGAGCAAGCUCCGCAAGCAGAUCCAGGGCUGCUGGCGCGAGCUCCUGAAGGAAUGCAAGGAGAAGGACAGUGACAAGCAAGGGAGCAUUACUGCAGCAGAAUUCCUGGCUAUCGUGGAGAAGUUCAAGCUGGACAUCAGCAAGGAGGAAAGCCAGCAGCUCAUUGUCAAGUAUGACCUGAAGGACAACGGCAAGUUCGCCUACUGUGACUUCAUUCAGAGCUGCGUUCUCUUGCUGAAGGCCAAGGAGACCUCACUGAUGCGGAGGAUGAGGAUCCAGAAUGCAGACAAAAUGAAAGAAGCUGGUGCAGAGACGCAGUCCUUUUACUCAGCCUUGCUGAGGAUUCAGCCCAAGAUUGUUCACUGCUGGAGGCCCAUGCGACGUACCUUCAAGGCCUAUGAUGAGAACGGGACAGGGCUUCUGAGUGUGGCUGACUUCAGGAAGGUGCUGCGGCAGUACAGCAUCAACCUGUCAGAGGAGGAGUUCUUCCAUGUUCUGGAGUACUAUGACAAGUCAUUGUCAUCCAAGAUUUCCUACAAUGACUUCCUGCGCGCCUUCCUGCAGUAG